CGUGGUGUCGGCGUCGCAGGCUGCAGUGCGUGUUCACGGCGGUGAUACCGGCAGCGGCGAGCACCUCGUACGUAGCGUCCAUCAGCGGCCGGUCCUCCCGUCACCAGGGUAAAUUACGUUUUCCCCCGCCGGGUUUCCUCCCUUGACUUCAGAAUGCAUAUAAAAGAGGACCUAAAUCCAGUGCUGCGGUACGUCCUCCAUUUCUUCAUGUGGUUCUAUGGAGUGAUCACCUUUGUGCCGUGGUUCUUGCUUUCUGGUGCGAUAGAAAGGCAGAGGGGAGCAGCGCGGGUGAAGGCCAAGCCUCUGAUUGAAGAGCCAUGCAGCCCUUUCCGAUCGGUGGACAGCUUCUCCAGCCUGGCGUCCUCCCUGUACCCCGACUGUGAUACCCUGGACAAGGUCUUCAAGCACGCCACCAAACUGUUCAAUGCCAAGGCAUGCCUGGGCACCAGAGAGGUGCUCAGUGAGGAGGAUGAAGUCCAGCCCAAUGGGAAGGUCUUCAAAAAGGUAAUCUUGGGAAACUACAACUGGAUGUCAUACGAGGAGGCCUAUUUGGUGGCAUCUAACUUUGGAGGUGGACUUUCUGCCCUUGGCCAAAACCCCCGGUCUAAUAUCGCCAUAUUUUGCGAGACGAGAGCAGAGUGGAUGAUCUCAGCGCAGGCCUGCUUCAUGUACAAUUUCCCACUUGUUACACUAUAUUCAACUCUUGGUGGUCCUGCAAUCGCCCAUGGACUCAUUGAAACAGAAAUCACCCACAUCAUUACCAGCAAGGAACUCCUGCAAACCAAACUGAGGAACAUCCUUCCUCAGGUUCCCUUGUUGAGGCAUAUUAUUCUUGUGGAUGGCAGCAGCACCCAGCAAACUGCUUACCCCGACCAUGUCACCGUGCACAGUAUGGCCUCCGUGCAGGCCCUGGGAGCCAGGCAGGCAAACAAGCCGCGGCCGUUCCCGCUACCACACGACAUUGCCGUCAUCAUGUACACGAGCGGAUCCACUGGGAUACCUAAAGGAGUGAUGAUCUCUCACAGCAACAUCAUAGCUGGUAUAACUGGGAUGGCACAGAGGAUAACGAAUCUGGGAGAGACGGAUACAUACAUUGGCUACCUACCUCUGGCUCAUGUGCUGGAGCUAAGUGCGGAGUUGGUCUGCUUGUCACGUGGCUGCCGUGUCGGCUAUUCUUCACCGCAGACACUUUCUGAUCAGUCCACCAAAAUCAAGAAAGGAAGCAAGGGUGAUGCAUCAGAACUGCAGCCAACUCUAAUGGCCGCUGUCCCGGAAAUCAUGGACCGCAUUUAUAAGAACGUCAUGAGUAAAGUCGCCGCUAUGAGUCCUGUUCAGAAAGGUCUCUUCUCCCUUGCAUACAACUACAAAAUGAAGCAGAUCUCGAGAGGGUACAGCACGCCACUGAGUGACAGGAUUGUUUUUCGGAAAGUGAGAAAAUUAUUAGGGGGAAAGAUGAGGGUCCUGCUUUCUGGUGGGGCACCUCUUUCAGCUGCCACCCAACGCUUCAUGAACAUCUGCUUCUGCUGCCCAGUUGGCCAAGGAUAUGGUCUUACCGAAACAUGUGGUGCUGGCACAAUAACAGAAAUGUGGGACUACAGCACGGGCAGAGUGGGAGCACCUUUGGUCUGUUGUGAGAUAAGACUUAAGAACUGGGAAGAAGGCGGCUACUUCAAUACUGACAAGCCUUGUCCCAGGGGAGAGAUUCUGAUUGGUGGCCCCAAUGUGACCAUGGGAUACUACAAAAAUGAGCAGAAGACCAAAGAGGACUUUUUAGUGGAUCAAAAUGGCCAGCGCUGGUUCUGUACUGGGGAUAUUGGAGAAUUCCACUCAGAUGGCUGCUUAAAAAUAAUUGACAGGAAAAAGGACCUGGUAAAACUUCAAGCAGGUGAAUAUGUUUCCCUUGGUAAGGUGGAAGCGGCCUUGAAGAAUCUCUCCAUUGUGGACAACAUUUGUGCAUAUGCAAACAGCGAUCAGUCAUAUGUGAUUGGCUUUGUGGUGCCAAAUCAGAAGGAUCUAUUAAAGCUAGCGGAGAAGAAAGGAGUGCACGGAAGCUUUGAGUCUCUGUGCAAUAACCCAGUAAUGGAGAAGGAAGUGCUCAGAGUCUUGGCAGCAUCUCCCGCAGCAGCCACCCUUGAAAAGUUUGAGAUCCCUGCUAAGCUCCGCCUUGUUUCUGAGCCUUGGACUCCUGAGACAGGAUUGGUGACCGAUGCCUUCAAGCUGAAACGCAAGGAGCUGAAGAGUCAUUACCAGGAAGAUAUUGAGAGGAUGUAUGGGGGGAAAUGAAGCCUUGGAAGGCUUUCUACCAACUUUUUCUUUUCUCCUUUCUUCCUUUGGAACAAACAGUUACUUCUAGACCUUGCUGCAGUAGAUUGGACUAAGAGCCUGUCUGCAACAAGACCUGGGAUCAAUGGAAAAGCUUGAAUAUCUGUCCUGUAUCAAAAUGUAUCUGCAAGACUCGGACCGUGGUCUAUUUUUUUUUUUAGUAGUUGGUAGUCCUAUUUAUCAAAGUCCAUUAGAGAUCUGAAUGUCCACCAUGCAGUUGGAAUGAAUGUUGGCACCAGGAACUGUACAACAUAAGUCUUCAUGCUGUAAAUCUAUUAUGAUGUGCCCAUGCUUAUGUAAUAUGGUGUGGGAGAUGUCCUUGGUCUAUGUGGGUGUGUAUAUAAUAUAUAUAGAUAUGUUACAGUUUUGUUUUUAAGGUGGAUUAUUUAAAGCGGCAGUUCAGUACAUCAAUUUUUUAUAUUUUUUUCUCUUAUUAAACCUAUUUCUCUUUAAAGUAUUUCCUAUGGGUUCUCGGGUAAGCACAUGCUCUUUAUUUCUUUGCUCAAGGUACUUGAACGUGAUAGACAAGGAGCUUAUGGGAUGAUCGCUUCACUUAGCCAGUCAGAAAACUUAAAAAUGUAUUCUGUUUGUAAAAUGAGGCCAGUUUAAUAUAUUGAUAAUUUAUUAAUUUUAACCCAGACAUACAGCAUAGUUUUGUGCAAUAUCUUUGUAGGCAGUUACAUUCUGUGGAAACCAUUCUGUAAGCAAUGAGCUUCUAUUUUAGUCUGACUAUACUGUCAGUGCAUUAAUAUCUUAUGUUCUGUCGACCAUGCUCAACCAGCAGCAAACCGGUUAUCUGUACUUCCAGUGAUCCACCUAAUAAUCUCUCAAAUAAGCAUCUCCUUGUGUCAAUGAAAGCUUGUAAUCUAGAAUAUUGCCAUAUGCUUCUUGAGCUUGAUUAACUUACAAGCUACAUGUUCCAUUCAUAUCAGUAUGCGGCAGAGUAGAUGGGGACGUGAAACACUGCAGCGCGUGCUCAAAAGCGUCGGACAUAAUGACUUGAAUGUGUUGCCUGUACAGAGAAUUCCAAGCUGUUUGUGUGUCUGUAUCUCCCAGGAAUGCCUUGUGAUCACAGCAGCAUCAGCACUGUUUCAAGUAAUCACUGCACUAGGGGAGGGGUCUGAUUAUAGGAGUAUACCAACAGGGGAGGGGUGACCAUGUUAAUGAGAGCCAGCAGGCUUAUAGAAGUAGUGAGCGUGACCAGACUACCGCUCCACUGUAACAUGGCAAACAAUAAUAACGAGGAACGGUCUGCAAUACUAAUAUCUGCCCGUAGAACGGAAGGAGUUCACAUGAGAUACUGUACAUGAGUAUCUAAGAGCACUGUGAAGUUAAAAAAAAAUUUCAUUGGAGGUAUGCUUUUAAUGUCAUAUGAUUGCUACAAUACAGUAGUACCUCUCGUUUCAUCUCUCACGAUGGCCUCCUGAAUGACCUUUCAGCUUGGUGUGACAUAACCUACGAAUGUCAGUGCUUUUAUUUCCUUUUGCUUCCACGGUUACACUACAUAUAAAGUAUAUUGGUCCUCUUCUACAUGGGCUUCCGCUUUAAAUAAUCCUUUUUAAUGUUGCAGUCUAAACUUGCUUUGUACAGUGCAUAACAUGAACUUUGUACCUGAAUCAUUGAUGAAGAAUCGGAAAGAUUUAUAAUUUAUUAAGCCCACUAAGGGGGUCUAGGUCAUUAUAUUUUUUUUUUUAAAAAGACCUAUUUGAACAAGGGUUGUGUACUGUAAAGCGUGUGUGCUGUUUGUCCUUUCUGUCAGGUUGGGUAUAAAAUAAAACCCGUCCAAGGAAUGCUCCUUCACCAAAUCUUUACUUUAUAUAGACCGCUGCCUUCAAAGUGUACCCUGUAUUUUCAGUGCUGCAGGAUUUUGUACAGCUGAAUGAGUGCUAGAUUAUGACAUAAUGCGCGACAUUAUUUCCGUAAAUCUGUAAUCUGCCAUGGUCAUUAGUUUGUUUCAUGCCUAUGGAAACAGCACAUCUGCACAGUAAACUGACUUUAGGCUUGCAUGAUAUAGGUUGAGCAACAGCAGCUGUCUUGCUGAGCCAAUGGUAAUGCAUCAGUUCACUAUUAACACUAUGCUUCACUGAUGUCAUUAGUUCCUGUUUAGUUUUGGAAGACCUGUUGCAUCCAAUAUGUGUUCAUGGCUAAUAUAAUUUGAGUAAUUCAGAGAUAAGAACACUCACUUUCCCAUUGAGUCAAAUGAGGACUUUUCUCACAGCUGUAUCAUUCCCAUUCUACAAGCAUCUGUGCUCACGGAGAUUACUUAUAUUUUAUGUUGCCUCCAUUUAUUCAGCCUUUACUGUAUUAACCCAGAAAACAGUUUUAUGGACGCCCUUUGCAUCAU